UAUGUUUGUCCUAUUUUCUUUCUUCCGGGUCUCGCUGAGUGUGGAAAUGACAGGCAACUUCGGCAGCUUCACCUCCCCCAACUUCCCUCAGCCGUACCCUGACAAUCAGCACCUAGUGUGGAACAUCACCGUCCCAAAAGGCCACCGGGUCAAACUCUAUUUCACCCACUUCAGCAUGGAACCCUCCCAGCAGUGUGAAUACGACUAUAUUCAGGUGUUGGCAGAGGGCAACGAAACCCUGCGGUUCUGUGGCGAAGAGGCGAAGAACCACGAAAGCACCCCCAGGAACACUGUCAUCCUGUCAGCGGGGAACGUCAUGUCAGUGGUUUUUAGGAGUGACUACUCUAAUGAGGGUCGAUUCACCGGUUUCCAAGCAUUUUACACCUCCGAAGACAUCAAUGAGUGUUUGUCUACGAUAGAUGGGGAGGCUGUGUGUGAUCAUUUUUGCCACAAUUACAUUGGUGGAUACUACUGCACUUGCCAACCGGGAUACUUUCUCCAUGACAACAAAAGAUCUUGCACAGUGCCAUGCCAAAGCCAAGUGUUGACCACACUGUCAGGAGUAUUGACCAGUCCCGGCUACCCGAGUCCCUACCCGCCUAUGAGCCAGUGCGACCACACUAUCCGUUUACCAGAGGGCUACAGAAUAUUCUUGGACUUCGUGGAACCCUUUGAUGUAGAGAAACACCCAGCCGCCAUUUGUCCGUACGACACAUUGAAGAUUUCCACAGCAGGACAAGAGUACGGGCCUUUCUGUGGAUCAUCCCCACCAGGCCGGAUUGACACCGGAAGUUACCAGGUGCAUGUUACGUUCAGGUCUGACUCUUCUGGAAAAAACAAGGGAUGGAAGAUCAAGUACACAAGCACCAGAGCUGAAGCCGUCUCUGUAAUGUAA